AUGGAGGAAAAGGACAAGAAGGACAUCACCGGCUAUCGUCGUCUCACAUUCGCUGGCGUCACAGUGUCGGCGAUAGCGUCGAUGACGUCGAUAAUUAUUGUCCCACUUCUAUUCUCACAUGCACAACGGAUACAGUCGCAACUGGACGUGGAACUGCGUUUUUGUGUAAUGAGCACACAUAAUCUGUUCGACGAAUUGUUGAAGGUCGAGCAAAUAACUGGACAUCAGAGUCGAGUGAAACGUGGUUAUGCUGCACGCGGCGCAUAUGCACAACCUCCACCGAUGCCGUCCUCGUAUGCUCGACCUCAAACAUUCCCGCAGAUGCCGGUUGUUCGACCCCAAACCUACAUUCAGCCCCAGGCACAAGUGAGGAAGAUUUGUUUACGAGGUCCUGCAGGUCCACCGGGACCUCCCGGUAAAGAUGGAGAGAAUGGUAAUGAUGGCAUGCCCGGCCCUGAUGGUCCGCCAGGAGAGGAUGCAGCUGGAGGAAAUGGAGGACCAUCAAAAGCUGAAAUGUGCUUCACUUGUCCACCUGGCCCUAUGGGCAGACCGGGAAGACCAGGACCCAAGGGACCUCCUGGCCAACCUGGACUACCAGGCAGUAUGGGCACAGCACUUCCUGGUCCACCCGGUCCACCAGGACCGCCUGGGCCCCCUGGAGAAGAUGGCCCUCCUGGGCUUCCCGGACAACCCGGGGCGCCUGGUGUGAUGACCGGUGGAGCGCAGAUCGUAGGACCGCCGGGACCACCUGGACCACCUGGACCACCAGGACCACCAGGACCACCUGGCGAAUCUGGAGGCUCAGCGCCAGGAGUGCCUGGUCCUCCUGGAGACAUGGGACCACCCGGCGCCCCUGGACGUCCAGGACCACCGGGACCAGCUGGCCCGCCUGGAGGAGCUGGUGGUAAAGGAAUGUGUGAUCAUUGCCCACCACCUCGGCUUUCACCCGGAUAUUAG